GCCAGCCGGGGGGGCCGGGGGAGCCGCGGGCGGGGCCGGAGCGCGCGACGCUGCGCGGGGACCGGGGCGGCCACCGGCGCCCUCCCCCGCCGCUCGCUCCGCACCGCUCCACGCCGCGCCGCGCCGCUCCUCUCCGCCCUCCGCCGCUCCCCGCGCCCGCUCCGGCUCCGGCGGCAGCCCCGGCCCCCGCCCCCGGCCCGGCCCCGCUCGGCUCGGUUCGGCUCGGCUCGGCUCGGUUCGGCUCGGCUCGGCUCGGCUCGGCUCGGCUCGGCUCGGCUCGGCUCGGCUCGGCUCGCAGCAGCGCGGAGGCUCCGCCGCGCCCGCCGCCGCCGCACCAUGCCGGGGCCCCGCGGGCUCUGCCUGCUCGCCCUGCUGCUGGGCAGCCCCGCGGCCCCGCGGCCAGACGGCGGAUCAGGGACAGCGCUGGUCCCCACCAGCCCAGACCCUCUUGCUGUGGAUGAGCUGAUGGACAAGAUGGUCGGCGGAGCUGAGGAGCUCAGGUACACCACAGGUUUGGCUGGCAGAGCCGGAGAGCUUGGGCACGCCACCGCCCUCAACCUGCUGCCAGCUGCAAAAGAAGGCACCCAGCCGGCAGCGGAGGAGGCAACACUGCUGCUGCAGAGCCACAUCCCGCCAACACCCACCGCUGCCCCUGAGACUGAUGCAAAACAAACUUUCCCUGUUAAGAAAAAACCACCUACUCUAAAGCAAGUAAAUAUGGCAAGGAAGCACCCAAGACCCAAGCCCACCCUGCCAGGGUCCCCCAGGGCUGCCUCUCCGGCCAGCCUGCUGGGCUCCAGGCUCCCCACAGCCACCCAAGAGCUGCAUGUGCCAGCAGAGGCAGCGGCCGGGGCAGGGGAUGUGGAGCAGAGCCCCCCUGAGCUGCCCUGGGGGGGCCAGGCCACCACAAGCCCCCCCGCACUGCAGAUCUCCCCAUCCACGCUGCCGCCAGCGGUUCUGCAGCCCUUACCCAACAACAUGGGGGUUGCCGGUGAGGCUCCGACAAUGGCUCCUGACGGCACCACUGUUAACUGGACAAACAGUGGAGAGAGAGAGGUGCACGGCUCUGCAUCAGAAGAAAGCCAAGAAACCACCACAUCCACCAUCAUCACCACCACCGUCAUAACCACGGAGCCCACACCAGUUCUCUGCAGCAUGAGCUUCCAUGACCCUGAAGGCUACAUCGACUCCACAGACUACCCCCCGCUGCCCCUGCACAGCUACCUGGAGUGCACCUACAAUGUCACCGUCUACACGGGCUACGGCGUUGAGCUCCAGGUGAAGAGCGUGAACCUGUCAGACGGAGAGGUGCUCUCCAUCCGUGGGGUGGAUGGCGAUGCCCUUGUGGUCCUGGCCAACCAGACCCUGCUGGUGGAGGGCCAGGUGAUCCGCAGCCCCACCAAUACCAUCUCUGUCUACUUCCGCACCUUCCAGGAUGAGGUGGUAGGGACCUUCCAGCUCCACUACCAGGUGUUUAUGCUGAGCUGCAACUUUCCACGGAGACCUGACUUUGGAGACGUCACUGUGAUGGAUUUGCACUCGGGUGGAAUUGCUCAUUUUCACUGUCACCUGGGCUAUGAGCUGCAGGGUCCUAGGGUGCUCACGUGCAUCAACGCAUCGAGGCCGCAUUGGAGCAGCCCAGAGCCAAUCUGCUCAGCGCCCUGUGGCGGGACGGUCCACAAUGCCACCAUCGGCCGCGUCCUCUCCCCCAGCUAUACCGGGAACCAGUCGAGCAGCAUGUACUGCGUGUGGGCCAUUGGGGCUCCCCCGGGCCAGAAGCUGCACCUGCAUUUCGAGAAGCUCCUGCUGACUGAGAAGGACAGGAUGGUGGUGUACAGCGGGGACACGAACCAGUCUGCCGUCCUCUACGACUCCCUGCGUGCCGACAGUGUGCCCUUCGAAGGGGUGAUCAGUGACGGCUCCUCCAUCAGGAUUGACUUCCUCGCGGAGGAGCCUGCAGCUGCCACGUCUUUCAACAUACGCUUUGAAGCCUUCGAGCGUGGCCACUGCUACGAGCCCUACAUCCAGAAUGGGAACUUCACCACCUCCGACCCCACCUACAACCUGGGCACCACUGUGGAGUUCACGUGUGACCCUGGGCACUCCCUGGAGCAGGGCCCCGCUGUCAUCGAGUGCGUCAACAUGCGGGACCCAUACUGGAAUGACACGGAGCCGCUGUGCCGAGCCAUGUGUGGUGGGGAGCUGACUGCCGUGGCCGGGGUGAUCCUGUCCCCAAACUGGCCGGAGCCCUAUGCGGAGGGGGAGGACUGCAUCUGGAGGAUCCACGUUGGCGAGGAGAAGCGGCUCUUCCUGGACAUCCAGCUCCUGAACCUCACCAACAGUGACAUCCUCACCAUUUACGAUGGGGAUGAGCUCACUGCUCACAUCCUGGGGCAGUAUGUCGGCAGCAGCGGCCCCCAAAAGCUGUAUUCCUCCAGCCCCGAUCUCACCAUCCAGUUCCACUCAGACCCUGCUGGGCUCAUCUUUGGGAAGGGGCAAGGAUUCAUCAUGAACUACAUAGAGGUGUCCCGCAAUGACUCCUGCUCUGACCUGCCCGAGAUCCAGAAUGGCUGGAAGACCACAUCGCACACGGAGCUGGUGAGAGGGGCCAAGAUCACCUACCAGUGCGACCCGGGCUAUGACAUCGUGGGAAGCGACACCCUCACCUGCCAGUGGGACCUCAGCUGGAGCAGUGACCCCCCCUUCUGUGAAAAGAUUAUGUACUGCACAGACCCAGGGGAGGUGGAGCACUCGACCCGCCUCAUCUCCGACCCGGUGCUGCUGGUGGGAACCACCAUCCAGUACACGUGCAACCCAGGCUUCGUGCUGGAGGGCAGCUCAUUGCUGACCUGCUACAGCCGCGAGACGGGGACACCCAUCUGGACCUCGCGGCUCCCACACUGCGUCUCUGAGGAGUCACUGGCCUGUGAUAAUCCAGGACUGCCAGAAAACGGCUACCAAAUACUUUAUAAGCGCCUUUACUUGCCAGGAGAGUCCUUGACCUUCAUGUGCUAUGAGGGCUUUGAACUCAUGGGGGAGGUUACCAUCAAAUGCAUCCUGGGCCAGCCGUCCCACUGGAGCGGACCCCUGCCCAUCUGCAAAGUGAAUCAGGACAGCUUUGAACAUGCUCUGGAAGUAGCAGAAGCUGCUGCAGAGACAUCGCUCGAGGGGGGAAAUAUGGCCUUAGCCAUAUUCAUCCCGGUGCUGAUCAUCUCCUUGCUGCUGGGAGGAGCGUACAUCUAUCUCACAAGGUGUCGGUACUACUCCAGCCUCCGCCUGCCCCUCAUGUACUCCCACCCCUACAGCCAGAUCACAGUAGAAACAGAGUUCGACAACCCGAUUUAUGAGACAGGGGAAACAAGAGAAUAUGAAGUUUCGAUAUAAGGACAUCGGUAAGAGAGUCUCCGGCUGCGAACUUAAUGUGCUCUCAUAGAACUUCCUCAGUAACUAAUCCAGAGACCACGUGGAGUUUGGUUGGACCCCUGGACCUGCUGUUGUCUUUCCUUUUGCCUCUUUAUUGAAGAUUUUACUGUUUUCUUCACUGUAUUUAUUCUAUUUAAACUGCGAUAGGUGUGCUGCAGAGCCCUGGGCACAGGCAGCAGUGGGAGCCGGGGCAGAGCCAGGUCCCGGCGAGGCCAGGGCAGUGUGGGGGCACAUGGUGUCCCCCCCGGCACAGCGGCACGGCAGCACGUCCCCUGGCACUGUCCACACACGUGCAGGGUUUUUUUUGCGGUUCUGAUGUUGUUAAAAAUUAAAAAUGUCUCCAUUGCAAGAGCCUGCAGUUGAUUGCUGGGAGCUGAGGUAGGCGCAGCGUUUGCCACAGGGUCCUGCUGGCACUGCCAGCCCUCCCAGUCCUGCAGCUCCCGGCUCCCCGAGCCCCCAGUGGGACCUGCAAGGCGGGGGCUCGGGGGCCUCUGUGCCACCAGUGCAGGGACCAUCCUCACUGUGGGGAAGUGGAGCGUGGCUCAGGAAAGCCGCCUGCCAGUGCGGAGCCCUGCUUGCUGUGCCGGGGAGCAGGGGACAGCCUGGCACACACGAGGUACACGCCACUUUCUUUUCCCAUUUUGCUUUGGAUGCUGGAAAGGCAGUGACCCAGGACCCACAGCUCUACGGAGAAGCACUAACCAGUGCCCCCCAGCAGCCCAUCCCAGCAGGGCACUGCCGGGGAGCCAUGCGCAGCCUCCCUGCAGCAAAGGGGAGCUCCGCAGCCAGUGCCUCUUUGCUCACAACAGUUGUUCCUCAAACACUUGCCAUGACCCAUGCCAGGAACCCCCCGAUCCCACUAAAGGCUGGAGGUCACCCCUUGCCCCCAGGUAGCAUCUCAGGGUAAGCAGGAUGGACUGGGCUCCUUGCUACCACUCCCGCCAGCUGCGGAGCUCCCCUUUGCUGCAGGAGGGUCCGCUGCCUACCCCAGUGUGUGGGCAGCCACACCAGCAAUGGUGCCAGGCAGAGAUGGAGGCAGCACAGCCCACUUGGUGCUUCCCACCCAGACCCCCGUGGGUUUGCAGCUCCCACCCGAACCCCCUGGGCUGGCACCUUGCUGGGCCUCGCAGCUGGGCAGGAGAUGAGGAGGGGCAGGGGAUGAAGGUAGAGGUUUUUUGGGGUAGAAAUAACAGGCAGGCAGCAUGGCCAGGCUCUGGCACGGGAGACCAGCCUGCAGGGAGCAGGACAGGCAGAAGUCAGCUCAUCAAAGCUGGGCCCAUCACAGGCAAGUCCCAGUUCAAGCCUCAGCAUCCCCUGCACUCCUUUGCUGCCUUCACCCCUGCCAGAGCCAGACACUGGUGGGGCUGCCCCCCAUCUGCAGGGACACAGACCCCAAAGGGCCAUCUCCUCCCCAGGCCCCCCAUGCUGCCAGCCCCCCAGGCAGCGAAGCCACCAAUGUGUCCUUGGCUGCUGAUGUCCUUCUUUUGUCCUUGUAGAACAGCAAUUGUAACCAUGGGAGGCUGGUUUAGUUUUGGGACGGUUAGUGCAUCUCUGCAGUGUACAGCUGAGACUUAGUUUUUUUCCUUUAAAAACAAUGAAUGUGUGUUUGUAAUUUGUAAAGGUUAAAAAAAAAAAGAAAAGAAAAAAAAAAGAAAAAAAUGUGCCAAAAAUGUACUAAG